UUCCCUUUCCAUCUCUGUCUUCCUCCUCCCUCCUCCACCGCCCGCAUCCCACCAGAUGCUUCUUCUCUCCCAUUUCCACCACUACCCCCACUCAAAUCCCCUUUCUGCCCCUCCCAAUUUCCCCCAUUUCCUCUCCCUACCCCCUCACCGGCACCGCCACGUCCACCACCGUCGGAUUUAUGUAUAGCAAAAAAACCAUCCUAGGGUUUCUCUGCUCUGGACUCGUCCUCGGCGCCGGCUAAUAUUAGCUCAGCUCCGAUCAAUGCUGGUCCCUGGAAUUAUAGGGUUUCACGGCCUCCUGCUGCUCCUUAUCUUGCUCUCCUUCUUCGUGAUUUGUCACAAGUGGAAGAAUGCGGCGGCGAAGAAAGAGGAAAUCUUGAGGCUUGUGGCUAUGGCUUCCGAAGAGACCGCUGUGGCGGAGUUUCAGGCCACGGCUUUUUUCGCUCCAGUGGUGCAGCCGGCGUCCUGGCCGUACCAUUGUGCCGUCUGCUAUGCCAGUACCACAAUGCGCUGCUCUAAAUGCAAGGCUGUCCGAUACUGUUCUGGUAAGUGUCAAAUCAUCCAUUGGAGACAAGGUCACAAGGAUGAAUGUCAGCCUUCAAUCGAUUCCAUGCAGUUCCAAGACCGGAGUGCUUUUGAUGGGGACACAGUUUUACAUCACGAUGGGAAAGGAUCACAUACUAAUUUAACUCCAUCCAAUACCGUAUCAUGGGAUGACAAAUCAAAGAAACCUCUUUCUGAUGUUGUUGCUCCUGAACAGCCUAGGAAUAUGUCAUCACCCUCAGAGUGUACUAAGCCGGUGAAUCGUCAAGAGGACAUAUCUUGUGAAAACAAGUUAUAUAAGAUGAAAUCGAGUCAUACUGAUAAAGCGGUCGAGUCUACACAAAAAUUUCCUAAAGCAAAUGCAAACGUAUCUGUUGAGGCUCAGUCUGAAAAUAUUGGCAGUAAGAAGCAGUCUAGAAGAGCUAUUUCAACAGAAAAGUUAGUUACUGAUGCCUCUAAGUCCAAAAGCUCAUCAAGUAAUGACAGGGAAGAUGAGUCUAAAGCAGAUGGAUCUCUGUCAAAUGGUGCUUCUGUUGAUGAGCCAUCUUCAACCACUGAAGGGCAUCUCGAUUCCAUUUCUAGGUCUGAAAAAAUCGAAGCUUGUCAUGCAUUGCCUGCAAAAUUCGGUAGUAUCCCAAGCUUGCCGCAAAAUUCUAGUAAUGGAUUGAAAACAUCUAUGAGGAAAGUUGUGCAGCAGUUUAUAUCCUCAAAACAGCUGAAGUGCAACCCUUCAGGUCAUGGAGAUGAGACUGGAAAAUACAAGGUAUUGUUUCCAUAUGACCUGUUCGUAUUGUCGAUUCAUAUAAUGACAAAGUGGCGGUCUCAAUUAAAACUAUAGUCAUACGACGAGAUUUUGUCAAUUGGACGUCACAUAUGGAAU